AUGGCGGCCGCGAGCUCUUCCUUCACUGCGCACAUAAUCGGGUCCACAGUACCCGAAUUUUCCAGAAACCCUAGAAACGGAGCUCCAUUUUCCGUUCGAAUCUCUUCGAGCAGUAACUCUCCAACGACUCGCGAUGAGCUCGCCGAGGGCCCAUACUGUAUCUACGUCGGCCCAAUUGAAACCGCCAGCAAAGAAACCCUUGAAGCCCUCUACCGUCAAGCACGUGAUGCGUAUUACAGUGGUGACCCUUUGAUAGUUGAUGAUAUGUUUGAUAGAGUAGAGCUGAAGCUAAGAUGGUAUGGAUCGAAAUGCGUUGUGAAAUACCCUCGUUGCAGUCUGAGGCGACAGUCAACUUAUGCCGAUGCUGAGGAAGAUUUAUCACAGGUUUUUGCAUUAGCAAGCAUAUGGAUCCUCUUUCUUGCUUUUGGCAGUUCAGCGUGUCUUGUGCCCGUGGUUUACACUGUCGGCCUAGCUUAUCAAGAGGCUUUUAACCCGGGAUUUUCUUAUAUAAACCAAGCGUUUGCUUUUUCCAUGCUAAAUGCCAUUCUCUUCAUGGCAUUGGGUUCUGUCAUCGGUUAUCCAAUUGCAUCAGCUUCUGUUAAAGUACUUGAAGGCUUGUGGAGGAAUGACUUGGUGGCGCUAAAAGGGGCAUGCCCAAAUUGUGGGGAGGAGGUGUUUGCGUUUGUGAAAUCCAGUCAGUCUAAUAACUCCCCACAUAGAGCAAAUUGUCAUGUAUGCGAAUGCUUGUUAGAGUUCCGUACCAAGUUUGAGGCUCUCUGA